AUGCUGACUGUGGUGGUACAAGUGGAGCUGGGCAGUGAAUCAGGCCCUGAGGCCUGCACCCCCACACUCCUUCUGGAGGGGCCCAGGAGCCUCCAUCUGCUUCAGCCGGGGACUCCAGAGACUCAGUUGGCAUGGCAGGAGCUGCUGGCACAAGUCCAGCCCUUGCUGGGCUCCGUGGGCCAAGGGUACAGCGUGGCCCUGUUGCUUCAGGGUCAGGAAGCCCAAGCACCCCAACUUGUGCCUCAGCUGUUGCAGAUGCUGUUUGAAGAAGUUCAGGCCCUGAGCCACUCGGACACUAUGCUCAGCAUGCUUAGUCUGGUACAGCUCAGCCCUCAUGGGAUGGCCCAGGACCUGCUCUCUCUGGCAGAAGAGAACCUAUCAGUGCUCAACGUGGCCCCUCUGGGUUUGGUGGUGGAAGGUGCUAAGGAAGUGGAAGUGACUGACUCGAGAGCUGCCUCUGAGCUGUACUUGCAGGCCACAGGGGCUGAGGGCAGAGACUGCCCCCUGCUGCAAGUAUUGGCUGGUGAGGUUACUGGUGAGGAAGAGGAGGGCUCUCUGCCUUGGACUGUCUCAUGGCUCCUGGAAGGAAACAACUACAGUGGCGUACUUCUUCAUCUGGACCCCCAAGGUAUCUCCCUGACUUUGCUCCAGGCAGCUUUGUCUGGGGCCUUGGAAAGGAGGAUGCAGGCAAAACAGGUGAGGCCUACCCUGUGGGAUGCAGUGGAAGAGGCUCGAGCCCGCAGGGCUGGCCUGAAGACUCUGCGUUUAAGUCUCCUUGGGGACACCCUGACGAACAGUGGGCUUGGCCAGCUGGGCAGGGCACUGCGGGAGCUACAGGUGUGUAUGGUCGGGCAUGGGGGCACCCGGGGGGGCAGCCACAGCCAGAGCCGCUACGAAUUCUCUUUCCAUAGGACAAAGGAGAACCACAGCAGUGUGUUCAGCACGGAAGACAACGCUGCUCCCACUGUCCAGACAGGGGUCGUCUUUAGCUGUGUUGUGAUUAUACUCUUUCCUUUAGCAGCAAGAACAGCAUCUUUAGGAUCUAGGCUCCAACCAAAGCAUCCUUCUGGGAACACCGAGGAACAGGACCAACAGGCUCCAGAUGUGGCCUUGCAGUUCUCCCUGGCCCAGGCUCAGAGGCAGAGACUACGAGAGCAGCACCACAUCUGGAUCAGAGAGAAGCUGAAACAUUUGGAAACACUGGAGGAGGUGGCAGAAGAGCAGAACAAAGGCCUGGUGCCUGAAGACCAGGCCUGCGAGGCAAGGACAAAGUGGCACCGGGAACGGACAGUGCUGAGACUCCAGCUAGAAGCCCUGCAGGAGGAGAGGGACAGAGCAGAGCAGGACCUGGCGGCUCUCUACGACCUGCAUGUGCAGGCUGCCCGAGCUCGGACAUGCCACAUGUUGCAGGUAUUCCGAGCCUGGCAGGAGCUGUGGGAAGAGCAGGCCAGGACCACAGAGCACUGUCAUCGCAACCUGUUGGCUGACAUCCUGCAAGACACCAUCAACUUGGCCACACAGAACCAGGAGCUCCAAGCCCAGAAUUGGCAGCUUCAGCACGGGGCAGACUAG